UAAUGUUGGUCAUAGCGAGCUGGAUUUUUGUGAAAGAGAGCUGAGACUCAUGGUUAUUUAUUUUGUUUUCUCAUGCCGUUUAUUUUUAUUUUUGUUUUUUUCGCCUCUCACUGAUGAGUGAGGCUGGCGUUUAGCUCUAUUUUCAAUAUCCACCUUCUGCAAACAAGAAAAAAAAAUUGGUCGAGAUGUGGCUAUCGCACAGCUUUGGCGAUUUUUGUUGACCUCUAGCAGUUUUUACACCAUUUCUCAUCCGGUCGAGCGUGAGACGUUUUGCCGCUUUGUUGGCUCCACAUUAACGUCAUUGACGUCAAAAGUCCCGGAAUAACGCAAUGCCCCUCCAACGUUUUCACACAAGUCAGGAUGCGGAAUUGAGAAACCGAUGGAUGUCCUAACUGGUGAAAAGGAAAAAGAAAGAAAAAAAGAAAAGCAUGUAGGUUUCGGGAGCGCAGGCAGAUGGAAAAGUUGAUUUCUAUAAAUAGAAGUCGGCAUCGGAGCCAGCCAAUGGAUCUCAGCAGGCUAGGACAGGAAGCUGGUUGUGUACACGGCAGCGCGUGGAAGACGGUUUCUUGACACACUUCUUUUCUCUUCUUCUUCUUUUUUACACACAUCCCGAAUCCUCGUCUAUUUUUACUGCGCGACGAAAACUCUGUGUGUGAGAUGGACGCUGCACACUCAGUCGAGACGUCCAGCAUUAGCGCCACGGUUGUCUCGAUGAAUUCGCAAUCUCAUUAAAGCGGACUCUUUGGCCAAUUGCGUUGUCCCAUGCAUCGUUAACUUGGAAUUAACUUGGUGGAAACUGGGUCACAAUGAAAUCUGGACUUGUCCUUCCACACACACACACACCGAACCCCCACACCCACUUCCAAAUAUAUAAAUAAAGUGUGUCGCUCUGUGUGCCUUGUCAAAUCUGGCGAUGGCUUUAUUUUGGGUUUCAAAUAUUUGACCUCCCAUCGGUUCCAUCUGCAGCACUCGUCGACUGACAUUUUGAUACACGAUGUGACUAUAGGAUAGUUUGCUUUCGUGAUCGAUCAUUCAGUUAGACUAUCAACUUGUUCCAUGCUAAACGAGUAUCACUGAAAGAUGGCAAUUGUUUUACAAUCCUGUCUAACGAAUGGCAGAUCGAAUUCGAUUCAUAACGUGUUGAAAGACAAUUGACGAUUUCUUUUUUCCCAUUUUUCUUUUGUCACCCGCUUAACAAAGUUGUAGGUUUUUCCCAGCGAAUCAUUUUUAACAAAAUAAGGGUCGUUUUUUAAAGUGUGCUCAUAACUUGCUUGUAACGAAGUCGGAGGUGACGUUUCACUGGAUAGAGCCGCGAUGGAUCAGAGUAGUGCUCACCUUUGGGCUCGGAGCCAAAGUGGAUUUGGUAGCAAACAGAAAACACGAGCGGGCGGAUGAAAUGAAGGCCCCCAGUAAGCUUCUAGUGGCUUUGUCGAGCAGUAACGUCUGGAUCGCUCGAUUCCUGGCUAUAUCUGAUAUAAAUUUCGGUGGAAGCGUUCAUGUUCAAUCCUGAUUUUUAAGUGACUGCCAUCAUGUUCUCCUUCUUCCGUAAGAAAAGCGCUUGCAAAGAGUCGAAGCCUGAGCAGCAGACGGCCGAUUGUGCGGAUGAGGACAAUCAGGGCAAGAAGAAAAUCAAAAGUGACAAGAAAACUCUCAAAGAGACAAAGAAAAUUGUAGCGUUCAAACCGGAAUCAGAGCAGCCCAACGUCAACUCGUCAACGUCCAACGUUGCCGCUAGUCAGAAAGUUGCCGAAGUUCCUGCUGCUCCUGCUGCUCCUCCUGUCAUUGUUUUAAUUGCCGAAGACAAAGAUUUCACGCUCACCGCAAAGACUUUAAUUGACUUCUCCAGUCAUGAUCAAGUGGAAGCACAAGUUCCUAGCUCAUCCGAACCGGAUGAUGUUUUCCAGCCCCCGGAGGAACCGCCCGAGGAUGUGUUUUGCGAAGCGCAAGAAGUCAUUCAGCCGGAAAUGAAUUGUAGUCUGUCUCAACAGCCUGGCAAAAGUUCUAAUUCUGAUCCUGACACAUCUGAAAUUUCCAGCAGUCUGAUGGUGGCAAAAGAUUUAUCCAAACUGAACGUUGACGAUAAACAACAGCAGUCUCGUUGUCGUCGCCGCGUCUCCUUCAAUGAUGAGGAAACUGUUAUUAUUUGCGAUCCUGUUGACGUCACAGACUCGGCCGUACCGGAUGCGGAGCAUAAACUAUCAAUCAUGAUAGCACAAAGAGAUUUGAGGGAAGAAGCUCCGUUUUUAUCCGAGGAUUCUUCACCUCUUCCACACGACGCAACCUCAAUCGUCCAGCAGGACGAGAAAAUGACGACAGCCGAGGAAGACCAGUCGCUGGACUUGCUGGCCAUGAUGGAGGAGCAAGUCCGACAAUUGGAAACGGAGCUGAAGGAGAAGAAUGACAGGGUGGAACAGCUGGAAGCCAUGCUGGCCGAUGAGGACCGGCAGACCCAACUGGAAGCAAUCGAACGCUUAGAAGCCGACUGGAACAAGGAGCAUGAACUCAUUGACAACGAACGAGAAGAGGAAUUGCGGCUUUUACAGGAGGCUUUGGAAGAAGCCCUCGAGGAAAAAGCCGAAAUCGAGUCGAAAAUGCUGCGCGACGCCUCGAGAGAAUCGCAGCUUUUGGACGAUUUCGAGUGGAAGCUGGGCGAGAUUGAGCGCGACUAUAAAAAGAAACUGGUCGAAGCCGAGAAAUCGGCCGAAGAGCGAUUCAAAAACGAGAUGGCAAUCGAGUACCAGAAGCUCGUCGACGACAAACGGGACAUUGAUGCAAAACUAACAGAAAUUGCUCACCUCAAGAGUUUCGAAGCUGAAGUGACUCAAUUGCGAGGUCUGGUCUUUGAGCAGCAGAGGGUCAUUAGGACGGCUGCCCGUCAAGUCGACCACUUAAAAGAGACGGAGAAAAUCCUGGAAGACGAUCUGCACAAGCUCCGAAUGAACGGCUGCACGCGCAAGCAACAACAAGAGAUGGAGGCCAAAUGGAAGGAGAAUUCGCUCAGCGAAUACAACCGGUUACGAGCCGAAUUGGUGGCUUCCAAUGAGGAGGAAAUGCUGAAAGCCAUCCGCCAGGUCGUUCGUGAGAAAGAUGAACAAAUCACCACCUUGAAAAGGCAGUUUGAUGCCCAGCAAUUGGCGAUGAACCAUCAAAUGACCGAGCUGAAGAAUUCGUUCCAGCAGCGAGAAGCUAAAUUAAAUAAACAGAUCGAAACCACCCGGGCUGAAGCUGAUCGAGAAUUAUGUGAUUUGCGAAGACAAUUGAACAGAGUUCAGGACUCGCACGUGGAAUUCAUGGAACAAGUCGAAAAGAAACACGCCGAAGAACUAAAGCAGUGCGGAUCCUCCAUCGAGGAGAAUCAGGAAGCCCUAGAGCAAAACUAUGAGGAGAAGCUGACAACGAUCGAAGUUCAACAUCAAAGCCAAUUGAUUUACUCCAUAGACGCUCUUCAGAGCCUCAUUGAGGAGGAAAAGCAAGAGGCAUUGACCCAACUGGGAGAACAUUAUCAAACCCAACUGCAGUCUCUGCAGGAGCACAUUUCUGAUCUUCAGAAGCGACUCAACGACGCCAACAAACAGUCUUCUCAGAGACAACAGGAGCUUAACCGAUUGGAAGAAGUCAUUACGCAACAAGAGGAACAGUUGGAAGAAUUACGGAAACGCUCCGGAGAAGAUCAAAGCGAAUCCAAUAAAGACAUGUCUAGUUCCCGACGACACAGCUGCGAUGAGAGCACCGCCAGCACUACGGAGAGCAGCGGCGAAGAUGAUUACGAUGAAUCCGCACCACCCAACGGUCGAGGUGCAGGUGACGGAUGUUCGCCAUCUACGAGCGCUGCAGCCAGUCAAGACAAUUUGAGACCUGGCCCAGAGCUGGACAUCGGCAAUCUCUCUUCCAUCAUGCGUCCGCUGUCGGCCAGCAUCACCCAGCAUCAGGUAGACUUGUCCGAAGAGUGUCUCUCGAUCAAAAUCGAACAGUUUGAGCAAAUGCAAUCGGGAGUCAUGGGCUGUGACGAUCCCGAACACGCCGAAGCCCAACAAAUCAUUUUAGAAAUGCACCAGGUCCUAGCCGAUCGUGACGCCGAGCUUCAAAGGUUAACCGAAGAGAAACGAUUCUACCAAAUGGAACUGAUCCACUGGGAGCGGAAUCUGGCCCUCCAGCGAGUCGGCCUGCCCCUGGCCCUGGUACCCGACCGGCUCUCCAACGAAUCCGAGUUGAAUCCUUGGCGAGGAUUCUCAGCUCCGCCGGUGACCAAGCCCCGACUGCCGGACAACUAUCGCUAUCCUUCGGCGGCGGCUUACGGCGGAAGUCGAGUCGCUUCCUACGAACUCUUUUCGCCCAGCGCUACCAGUUUGAGCCCGGAAAAUCAAUGCGGACGUCAUCAGCUGUUCGCGGCCGAAAAGCAGCCGCUCCCGCCGUCGACCCUGAUGACCACCGACGACUGGAUGUCGGGAGCGGUUGGGCUCCUGGACGUCGCUUCCGACGUCCGCCCAAUGCGCUGGCCACCUCAGGAGGGCAGCCAUUUCUUCUACAGCGACGAGGAAGAGGAUGACGACGACGACAGCAACAACAACGGAUUCACUACCCCGUUGUAGGGGUUCAAUCGCUCGUGAUGAUUAUUUUUCCCCCUGUAUACAACAACCUCUUAAAAUUUCAUCGUUCUACUAUCGCACCAUUUGUAUCCAUAUCAAUGAUCCUAGUCUGUAAACUUCUAUGAAUAUUUGUCAUUGCAAUGAAGGAUAGCCGCGUCCUAAAACUGUGAAUCAUUAAUUGGAGCAGUUAUCUACUCGUGGGUUUAUAUACUGUACAAUACACACACAAGUCUGCUAUUA